AUCUCUAAAAUAAAAUUUUCAGAGAGAAGGCUCUUCUUCUUCUAUUUGUUCUCUCCUUGUGUUUGUUGUCUCUCUGUUUCUUUCUUUCUCUUUCUUCUGCCUCUCCAUCUUUCUCUCUGUGUGUUAUCCGGAGAUUCGAUCCAAUCGCCGAUUUCUUGCAACGUUUUUCGGGAUAUCGUCGUCUUCCUUCCCUGCCUCAAUCUGUGUCUUAUUGCAGAAUAUAAUGUUCCAGAUUUUCAAGGAUUUGUUCUGGUUCUGAUUUGGGAUUUGGUGGUGUAACAUUCUGACCCAGAAAGAAACUCAAAGACUGAAAAAUGGAAGGGGACACAUUUUCUGGGCUAGUUGGCAAUGGAACCCAAAUUGAUGGCAAAGUGUUGCAGACAUUUCAGAAGAGCUUUGUUCAAGUCCAGGAUAUCUUGGACCAGAACAGGUUGCUCAUAAAUGAGAUAAACCAAAACCAUGAGUCUAAGAUCCCUGACAACUUGAGCCGAAAUGUGGGUUUGAUCAGAGAGCUCAACAACAACAUUAGGAGGGUGGUAGACCUCUAUGCUGAUCUCUCAAGCUCCUUCACCAAAUCUAUGGAGACUUCAUCUGAGGGAGACUCCAGUGGUGGUGCUUUGAAAUCAGAUGGUAAAGCUGGGCACAAGAGGAAUAGGCCUUCAUAGAGAACAAUAAUGAUCUCUUGUUAAUUCUUUUUCAUGUGUUGGAAGAAAUUAAAAUAGAUGAUUAAUUAGAUUCUGUAACUUCUUGUUUUUGUUUUUUACUGUAUCUGUGAACUACUGUCACCCUUCUAGGUCUUUCUUCACUCACUUCUAAGACAAUAAUUGCCUCCUCCAUUUCACUGUAAGUCUUGUAACUCUUGGAUCUAAUUGAAGAGAAAAGUAAGAACUAAGAAGUGUUUGUGUCA